UUCCUCCUGCUGGUUCUGUUCACCGGCCUAGGCGGGCUGCACGGAGGCCGCAAUCCUCAUAAAACCUUUCUGCAGACCACAGUUCCUGAAAAGAUUUCAACAUCCGAGGCAAUAGAACAUCCAGAAACUAAUGUUGCUUAUAUCAUUACAAUAGAAGGAAAACCAUAUUUUAUCCAUCUCAAAAAGCAAUCAUUUUUAUCUUCAGCUUCUGUUGUUUAUUCUUAUGACAAAGAUGACACCCAACAUUCUCAGCCUUUGUUAGCUCAGAUGGAUUGCAAUUAUCAUGGAUAUGUUGCAGGUUUUCCAAAUUCUCUUGUAUCCCUCAACAUUUGUUCAGGACUCAGGGGAAUAUUGCAGUUUAAAAACAUCUCAUAUGGAAUUGAACCAAUGGAAGCUGUAUCAGGAUUCAUGCACAUGAUUCAUGAAGAAAAAAAUGAUAUAACUAAUAUUCCUCUGUUAUGGGAAAAUGACACUUAUAUCUAUGAUAGCUCACAGUAUCAAGUCAGAAAAAGUUCAGAAAGACCUGGCUAUUUCAAGUUAUUCCCCCGAUAUCUUGAUAUGUAUAUUGUUGUGGAUAAAAAUCUGUUUGAUUACAUGGGCUCUGAUGUAAAAAUUGUAACACAGAAGGUUAUUCAGAUCAUUGGCUUUGUUAACACUAUGCUUACCCAGUUAAAACUGACUGUUAGAAUAUCUUCCAUAGAGAUUUGGUCAAACAAAAACAAAAUUUCUACUACAAGACAUCCUAAUCAUAUAUUAUAUAGACUUUUAGAAUGGAAGUACGAAUUUCUCUCCCAACCUCAUCAUACUGCAUACUUAUUUGCCUUCCAGAAAAGUCCUACUUUUAUGGGAGCCACACAUCCUGCAAAAAUAUGUGAUAAGAAUUUUGCUGGAGGAGUUGCUUUGUAUUCAGAGGGUUUAUCCUUGGAGUCAUAUGCUCUCAGUAUUGUGCAGUUGCUUGGCCUUAACAUGGGAAUGAGUUAUGAUAAUACUGAGAUCUGCCAUUGUUCAGGAGAUGUUUGCACAAUGUCACCAAAAGCUGUGCUAUCUGGGGGUAUAAAGGAUUUUAGCACUUGUAGCUUGGAUGACUUUAAAUAUUUUGCUGCACAUUCUGGCCUUGAAUGUCUUCGUAAAAUCCUUCCUGUUGGGCCAGUUUACAAACAGAAGAAGAUGUGUGGCAAUGGAAAGUUGGAAUCGGGUGAAGAAUGUGAUUGUGGCACUUUACAGAAUUGUACACAUCCAGACUGCUGUGAUCCUAGAACAUGUACAAAGAAAAAAAAUAAAAUAUGUGGUUCGGGGGAAUGCUGCACACAAGGUUGCAAGAUAAAACCAGUUAAUACACCUUGUAGGCAACCAGUUGAUGAAUGUGAUUUUCUAGAAUUCUGUGAUGGGAAUAACGCACACUGUGUGCCUGACACUUAUGCACGUGAUGGACAGAGUUGUGAUUCGGGCGACUCCUUCUGUUAUAAAGGACGAUGUCGGUCGUUUACCAGACAGUGCAGAAAAUUAAUUGGAGGAGCAUCUAGAGGUGCUCCAUUUGCUUGUUUUGAUGAAAUAAAUUCAAGAGGAGAUAAAUUUGGAAACUGUGGCCGAAAGUAUUGUAAUUACCCCAAUAUGUUAUGUGGAAAAUUAGUUUGUACCUGGCCUCACAAAGCUUUAGUAACACGCACAAAUUUAUCUGUGAUUUAUACACACGUACGAGAUGACAUGUGUACGUCAACAUUUCUAAACACAGAGAAGACACCUAGAAAUACACUGACCACAGUUGAAAAACCUGAAGACAGAGAUCAAACAUUUGUAGAAGAUGGCACUGUGUGUGGUCCUGAAAUGUAUUGUCUGAGAUUUAACUGUGUAGAGCUUAAAUACCAUGUCAAUUUUCAGAGUUGCAAUUCUACCAGAGAUUGUAAUUCAAAUGGAGUCUGCAACAAUUUUAACAAUUGCCAUUGUAAAAUGGGGUUUGCUCCUCCUCGUUGCAAGCCGAUGGCAGACGAUUUUGGAAGUAUUGAUGAUGGACACAGGGGCAAAGUUGGUAAAAAGGUUUUGCUGGAGAGAUCUCUCAGUCAUCCAAAACACAGAUUUCAAUUGAUUUUCUACAUUUCUCUACCUGUGUUCAUCAUUAUUAUUGCUGUUAUAAUAAGCCAGAGUAAAAUAAGGGAGCUAUGCUACAGAGGAGAACCUGAAAGUGAGAGAUCUGUGUCGGAAGAAAGCAGCAGUAACAGCAAGUUGUCACUCAGUGUAAGUAACAGUCUCUAACAAUCUUGGCCUGAAGAGAGGAUGGUACCAAAUAAAUCACCAGAAACUGGCCUAAACCAAGAAGGAAAAAACAUAUUUCUCCCUCGCCUCUGUUGUCACUGCUGA